AAUAUGAACGAUCACCGCAGCAGCAACAACAAGAACCACAACGGUAUGAUGAAGAUCAAGUUUAACAACUGGAAGUAGGUAGAGACGAUGAUUAUUCUCCUUGUCAUGUGGAUUCCAAUUCAAAUUUUCGUACAAUGACUCCAGAAUCUAUUGAUCAAUUCAAACACAUUUAUAAUAAGAUGGAUGAUUCAUUGAAAUGGAAAUUGAACUGCACUGGACGCUUUGUUGAGGACCUACUUUAUGAUUAUGGAUUGACUCUGAGGAAGGAAAACUGCCUUCAUUCAUUUAUUCUGGACACUGACGAUGAUGACAUAUGUGGCCUUUUUAGUUCUGAUGAAUGGGAAGAAAUCGAAUGCACAAAUAUCAAGGAAGAUCCUCCUUUGCCUGACAAUGUGGAGAGACUCUUACAUGAUUUCAACAAGACCAAUUCUAGUGAUAUUUAUGAUGUCCUCAAGGAUUCUUCAAGACGUUAUGAAGACUUUAACACAAGAACUAUUUUUUAUGCUGUUGAUUCCAUGUAUCUGAACGCCCUUUCUUCUUCCCCUGUUUGAUGAUCCAGAAAAUGGUAUUCUCUUUCGCUGGCAUGACACUAUGAAUCAUGAAGCCAACAAAACCACAGCAACCAUUAACCGUCUUCGUCCAGAUAGUUCCAUCUCAGCCUUGGAUGGAUAUUCG